ACCUAGUUCCCAAUAAGUGAGCAUUUUAGUCAUAAAAUAUCAGUAGGCAUUUUCUCAGAUGCUCGGCCGUACUUGUCACUACCAUUCUCCGACAUACCCAUAAACCACAAUCUUUAUCUAUCCUAUAAACACAAAUAGAGUUUUUUCAUCUUUCUGUAGAUGCAUUGGGAAAAGAUCGACAGUUACUUGUUGUGGAUUUGCUGAAGCAAAGAUUUCUUAAGUUUAUGGCUUCAAUCAUGUUGCAGUCUUUGCCAGCAGCCGAUAAUGAAAGCUUUGGACAAUUAUUUGUAGUUUCAAGAAGUUCACCUAUCCUGGAUUUCUCCAAAAGACCAGAAGUAACUGAACAAAUUUCAAAGUUUGGUGUAAAAUGUAUGCCAUCUCUUAAUAUUAGGUCCCGGACAAGAAGACGUGGUUCAAGAAUAGCAUUUGCUUUAGAUACAGGGAGACUUCCCAGUAGUGACGAUCAAGAUGGCCUCAACGGUGAUGGUCGUGAUCUAGGUGGAACUCGUUUGGGGAGGAUAGUAGGUGCUGGAGGCAGGCAGUUGUUGGAGAAGCUUAAUUCAGCUCGACAAAAUUUUCCUAUGAAAGUAUUUCUGCUUCUCUUAGGUUUUUAUACGGCAAAUGCCUUGGCUACAAUCCUAGGACAGACUGGUGAUUGGGAUGUGUUAGUGGCAGGAGUCGUCGUAGCUGCAAUUGAGGGAAUUGGAAUGCUUAUGUAUAAAAAGCCUCCUUCUCUUCUGUCCAAGAGGUUGCAAUCUCUGGUUUCGAUGGUGAACUACUGGAAAGCAGGUGUUAUUCUAGGUCUCUUCGUUGAUGCUUUCAAACUAGGUAGUUGAUUUUCUCUCUAGCAAUCCUUGCAUUCUUUUCUCAAAAUGAUUGUUGCCUCAAUGCCAUCAUGUCAUGUGUGUAUCAUAUACUAGACUGCUCCCAUGUACUUAAGUGAGUUUCGGUGCUUCUAUUUUGAGGGCAAAUGUAUAUUUUAAUAAAAUUGUUUUCCAAUUCACUUUAUUAUACCUUUCUGUUA